AAAAGUGUAUUUUCCAGAACUGGACGGUAUAAUUUAUCGAUAAUUUCCAUAUAAAAAAAAUUAGAGUAAUAAUAAAUGAAUUCAAUUUAUUACUAUUUAAGGUUGUUGUUAUAUCAAGACGUUAUCAAUUGGAAAUUCAAUCACAGUUCCAGCAAUGCCGUGUUGGUACUAUGACAAGAAGGAGCUUCGAGAAACACCCUCAAUUCUAGACGGGAUAAGCUUUGAAACCGAGCGGCGAUACCGGAAGGAGGGCGCUCGUUUUAUCAUGGAAUGUGGCACCAAGAUGGGCUUAGGCCACAACACAAUGGCCACUGGUGUGGUUUACUUUCAUCGCUUCUACAUGUUUCACUCGUUUCGCAGUUUUCCCCGCUACGUGACUGCCUGCUGUUGCCUAUUCUUUGCGGGCAAAGUCGAGGAGACCCCUAAGAAGUGUCGCGAUAUUAUCAAAACUGCUCGUGGCAUCCUCAACGACAACUACUUUUACUCGUUCGGCGAGGACCCCAAGGAAGAAGUCAUGACACUGGAGCGAAUCCUGCUGCAGACAAUUAAGUUUGACUUGCAAGUUGAGCAUCCGUACACUUUCCUCCUAAAAUACGCUAAGUGCUUCAAGGGCGAUCAGCAGAAGCUUCAGAAAAUGGUUCAAAUGGCGUGGAACUUCGUCAACGAUUCUCUCAGCACCGUGGUUUGUCUUCAGUGGGAACCGGAGAUUAUUGCCGUAGCCCUUAUCCACUUGGCCAGCAAGCUAAGCAAGUUCACUGUGCAGGACUGGGAGGGCCGCCAGCCACAGCACCAGCGCUGGUGGGAUAUGUUCGUGUCGGAUGUGACGAUGGAGAUCCUCGAGGACAUCUGCCACCAGGUUCUGGAUCUUUAUCAGUCCACUCAAAAAGAAACGCACCAGUCAAGCAGUCCGCCCCAAAAGCCGCCAAGCCGGGCAGAAAGCCCAACAGCGGUCAAAUCCACAAAUUCGACUGUCAUUAUGCUAUCCUCCGUUCAACAACAGCAGCCACCGCCCGUAAGUGGCAACGGCAACUUGCAGGAGGUUAACAAUAUCCAGAGCAUCAAAUCGCUGGCGGGUGGAGUGCCCGUCCUAAGUUCCGGCGACGCUCCGUCGCUUCCACAGGGUCCAACGCCUCCCGGCCAGUCUCACGGCUACCACCUCUAUCAUGCUCCGCCACCACCGCCCCCGCCUGUAGUGCCUAAUGUACCCUACCCCACCUCAGCUUGGGGCGUCCAGCAGACACUGCCCCCACCGCCAAUGCCGCCCAGUUUGCCGCCUGGGCCGAGUGGCUUCUACAGCACUGGUGGUCGACAACAGCAGCAGCGGUACUAGUAAGAGAGGUGACAAACCAUAAAACUAAUAAAAUAAAGCAACAUAUUGAUUAAAAA